AUGUUGAAUUUCAAGAACUCUUUUGAGAAGUACAUUAAUCCGAGUUUGAUAUUUCUCAUCAUGUUGACUGAUGAAAUUAUCAAUGGAAAUCAUAGCUUUGACAUAGCUGAGGAUAUAAUAUCUUGCGAAGUUUUGCAGCUCUCACAAGUAAUUGAGAAUGCAGAUGGCUUCUUUUCUCAUAUAAAAUUUGAUCCAUCCAAGCACAUCGCUUUUGACGGAAAGGCUCUAAAAGCUGCUAAAAAGCAUACUUUCAAGGACCUUGGAAUAGAGAAGACACAUUGCGCAGUCAUUGGUGAGGUAGCUGCAGUUGAGCCUUUUCCAUUAUUCACUGAAGAAGCAGUCGAAAUAAUGAAGUGGGAAGUAUUUCUGAGACCAGAUAUCAUCCGUGAAUGUGGAAGGCGUGUUAACUUGUCUCAAGGCUCGACUUCAAGAGAUUUUCAGGUUUCUGGCUACGUUGAUAAGACUCUGUUUACGAAAGAAGCCAUGUCGCACCCAAAGACUUUAGAGAUUUUUAGUACACUAGCAGGUAUGAAUUUGGCUAUACCUCACGUUUUUGGUAGGGGCCAUAUCAAUGCGUCUUUAGCAGAUAGAAGGGGAGAUCAAAAUGCAGAGAGUAUAGUUGACAGUCAUUUAGUAGAACUUUUGGCCAAGCAGGAUGAAGACAAAGAGCAUAUUCCUAGUUCCGUUCAUUGGCAUUAUGAUAGUGUUCCAAUGGUAUGUGUGUUGAUGCUCGAAGCCCCCGAAAACAUGAUUGGAGGAGAAACAUGUAUAAAAAAGGGAAAUGAAGAUGUCGUUAGAAUUAAAGGGCCACGUAAAGGUUAUGCUACGUUGCUUCAAGGAAGGGUAAUAAAACACAUGGCAACAAAGCCUUUGAGCAAUUCGGAUAGGAUUUCUCUCGUGCUAUCCUUUGUUCCAGGGGAUCCUGGAAUCGUGGAUACCACAGUUGCAGUUUCUGAAAGACCUAGUGCUACACCUUCGUUUUUGAACGAUACCUUUUAUCCAAAUUAUGUCAACUAUAAAUUUAGUAGGAUUGAGCAAAGGCUAAAAAAUUUUAGGCAGAAAUUGAUUGAGAAUUCUGAAAAGGGUGGUAGAUUUGAUCAGCUUCAUACGAUAGAUUUUUGCAAGGACAUAGAAGAAUAUUUGAGUGGGGUAUACAAGAAUUUUGAAGCGAUAGAUGACGAGCCAUACCCCCCAAGCUUAUUUUCAAUUCCUUACUCUGAUCUUUGA